AUGGGCUCGGAGGCGGCACAGCUGCUGGAAGCGGUGGACUUCGCGGCUCGGAAGCACCGGCGGCAGCGGCGGAAGGACCCGGAAGGGACGCCCUACAUCAACCACCCCAUCGGUGUGGCUAGGAUCCUGACCCAGGAGGCGGGAGUCACAGAUAUCGUGGUCUUACAGGCGGCCCUGCUCCACGACACAGUGGAGGACACAGACACCACUCUGGAGGAGGUGGAGCAGCACUUCGGGGCACAGGUGCGGAGCCUGGUGGAGGAGGUGACAGAUGACAAGACGCUGCCCAAGCUCGAGAGAAAGCGGCUGCAGGUGGAACGGGCGCCCCAUACAAGCCCUGGGGCCAAACUGGUGAAGCUGGCAGACAAGCUGUACAACCUAAGGGACUUGAAUCGAUGCACCCCGGAGGGCAGCAGCCUUUCCCGGGGACCCCAACAGGAAGACCAUGGAGGGGCGUCUGGGAGGAACACAGGAAGAGGCAAGGGAGCCAUGCCCUCAGCUGCAGUCACAGACGGAGCCCCCACCGGGAACAGGCUGGGGCCAGACACCUGUCCCCAGGUGGCAGCCCCUCCUCCUCCAGCCCACCCUGUUUGGAAAUACUGAGCUACAAUUUUAAAUGUACUCGAAGAAAUUUCCAAUAAAAUGUUUUAUGUGCUUAAAGAAAAAGAUCGUGCCUUGUCAAUGGUGAAAAAGCUGAGACUUGGAAAAACAAGCCAGUCCCUGGGUUAAGAAUACUUCUAGGGGAACCAUUUACAAGGAUCUACAUAUAACCUCCUCCCUGGGGGAUAGACAACAGA